UCCAACCCGCGUAGGACACCGGCUGCACCCCGGGAUGGCUCUGGCCCGGCUCUGGGCCUUAAGACCAACUUGGUCCUCCGCAAGGGUGCUACUUUUCAUUCUCCUACCAGCCCAUCUUCUGAAGCAGAGUGUCCCGCCUUCAGACCACCUGCCCUACCCCGGCGCUCUCAGACCAGCUUGGAUGAUGUUAUCGACGCUCACCGUCGCCGCAUCCGCAUGACCCUUGCGACCAUCGAUCAGGCCCUCUCCUCCACAACUGAGUCUCAGUCCCAGGACACGGCCUCUCCCAAGACACCCGUCGACAACAGCUUUCCCUUCCCCGAGGGCUUACAAAAGCAUUCCGUCGCCAUGCUCGACGAGCCCGGAAAAGAGCGGCGUGUCCUACGCCCACGCUCUACUGUACGCCGCCCACAACGAUACCACGAAUCAGAUAGUGGUCUGGGAACUUCUAUUGCCACCUCCAAGGAUAAAGUCACCGUCGAGGCCUCUUCCAAGAAGUCCAAGACGUCCUCUGUCAAAGCAUCUACUGUCACCCGCUCUGCCGCUGCCUCCACCGCCGCCCUGCCUGGCCUGAGCGCUCGCGCAACAAACAAGAUCUGCGAGCACAUCCUGAAACCGCUGCUCGCGAAGCCAAAGCUUAAGACCUUCCACCCUCUGGUCAUUGACUGCCCCAGGAGGAUCAAGGAGAAAGAAAUCCUUUGUCUUCGGGAUCUCGAGAAGACACUCCUGCUCAUCGCCCCAGAGACCACCAAAUCUCGCGGCCUGUACCUUGACUUCUGUCUCACCACCGUCCGCUGCAUCCAAGCGACUGUUGAGUAUCUCACCGACCGGGAACAAACCCGACCCCAAGACCUUCCUUACACCAGCGGCUACUUCAUCGACCUCGUCGACCAGAUCCAGCUCUAUGCGAAGCAGCUUGCUGAGGCCAAGGACAAGAAGACUGGUGAAGGCGAUAUGGAGUUCGACGGGUAUGUUGUGCCCCCUCAAGCGUAUAUCCAGCAGACAAGCCGCCAUGCUAAUUACAACCACACCAGACCUGACGCCAUCAAGCUGCAUGGCGGUAUUCACAUCAACGGCCGGCCCGCUGAACUAGUCCGUGUGAACAAGAACGGAAAAGCUGUCUCCCUGGCCACGGGCCUCGAGAUCGAUAUGGAUGAGACGCCCGAUGGCGAGAUCAAGAUUAAGAGAUCUGCGAGUGAGGAGUUGGCGGACGAGGAUGAGAUCAUGCGCUCGAUGGCGCGGCGCAAGAAGAACGCCAGCCCCGAGGAGCUGGCGCCCAAGAGGUGCAGGGAACCAGGCUGCAACAAGGAGUUCAAGAGGCCUUGCGACCUGACCAAGCACGAGAAGACACACUCUCGCCCAUGGAAGUGCCCCAUUGAGACUUGCAAGUACCAUGACUAUGGCUGGCCCACCGAGAAGGAGAUGGACCGCCACUGCAACGACAAGCACAACACCGCCCCGCCCAUGUACAAGUGCCUGUUCCCUCCUUGCCCCUACAAGUCCAAGAGAGAGUCGAACUGCAAGCAGCACAUGGAGAAGGCCCAUGGAUGGGAGUACGUCCGCACCAAGACCAAUGGUGGCAAGAAGCCUGGCAGCAAGGCUGGCAGCAUCACACACCAGACGCCUUCGAUGCGUGGCCUGCCGACGCCUAUCAGCAACCCGCCGAGCAUUGGCAUGGCGACUCCUCCCCGGGAGAAUCUUCACUACCACUCUACCAAUAUCGAUUUCCCAGCUUAUAUCCCAGAGCCGACGCCCUUCGACUUCAACACCCUUCCCCAAGAGAUUCACGUGGACCCCAUGGGCUUCUCGCCCGAAUACUCUCCUCCAGCCGAUAACCCCACGCCUGUUACUGAUUCUGGCCUGGACAAUUCCUCUGUGAUUUUCCAGGACGCUCCGCCAAGCGACUUCCAGUGGGACGACAUCUACAGUGCCAACCAGGCCCAGAUGCAGGGGCCCAACUUCCCCAGGGAGUUGGCCGAGCAAUUUGUCGCCUUCUCAGAGGCAGAGCUGUGCAAG